CAGAGGGCCUGUGUUUUUUGGAAUUCUUGCUGGAGAGGAAGGAGUGCACCUGUACAUGUACUAUCUGUACUAUCAUGUAGGAUGAUUGAUAUAUUGUGCCUCUCAAGCUCGGGUAGGGCAUGGUUGUCUAUUUGCCAUAGAAGCAGGAUAUGUUGACCAAAGAGAGCACAGGCAGGACUUCAACACAUUGCAACAUGCAGAUCGGCCCAGCCCACGAAGUGCCCAAGUGGGUCAAAACACAUUUGACCCACCACCAGAGUGCAGCAGACUUGGAUUGUUUGCCUUUCGCUGAUUUUUCUGGUGGAAGAAACUGAUGAUUCAUCGCGAACAGGUGUUAGUUCGUUAGGCCAGACCAAAAUGCCAGCUUUGGCACGGUUAGGGUUGUCAUGGCACCUGCAGUCUUUAUACAUCAAAAUCGUUAAAACUGUGCAUCUCUUUGCCUUUCGCCGCUUUGCCAUCACUAAGAGUGUUCUUCUCCUUGCGUUCAGCGGUGAAGCGAUUCCAAGCCACAGAAACCCCGACCGGCCCGACCCGGCAUCAGAAAGACCGAUUCGGUGGACUGGGGUUCUGGGGUUCUGGGGCGCUUCUUGAGAGAGAGAGAGAGAGAGUUCCGAACAUCCGAUCGAUGGUAUUUGGGGCCCCUGUGGAUUUCUGGAGGAACCUCUGGAUGUUCCAAAGAGAGGACCCUUUCUGGCUCAAGCACUGAAACCUCCUCCAUGUCCUGAAAUUCUUCCCUCAUGCGGUGGAACACGGCUCCCUGGUCAUCUCUCCUCGUCCCUGUGCUGCCGGUCCUGGCCCUUGCCGAGGACUGCUCUCUAUUGGCGACAAGAUCACGGGUCCAGCAUGUGGGGCCUACAAAGAUCCCAUGCAAGAUCCACCAGACGUGGAAGUCUCACACUCCACCGCCUGAACUUCGUAGCUAUAUGCACACCUGGAUUCAGAUGAACCCGCAGUGCGAGCACAAACUCUGGAACGACACGGAGAUUGAGGUGCUGGUGAAAGAGAAGUCGCAUGACUUCAAUUGGAUGCCCUCCAUCUGGAACUCCUUACAACCGACUGAGCGCGCGGACUUCUUCCGGUAUUUGGUGCUCUACACCGAGGGCGGCUACUACGCGGACCUUGAUGUGACUUGUGUGGCACCCAUCGCAGAGUACCAGGUGCCCCAAGACGUCAGCAUGCUGGUGGGCUAUGAGUACGGCCACCGUUGGUCCGAGGAGCAGCGCCUGGAGGUCUUCUUCGCUCGGCCGGAGCAGUUUGCCAAGUACUUCUUGGCCGCGGCACCCCAGUCACCGCUGCUGCAGCGCUGUUUGGAGAUGCUCCAGGAGAGGUUCCAUUGGAAGGUCCAAGACCCGGUGGAGUUCGGCACUGGCUUGUUGAGCGACGCGGUGCAUGAGUUCUUGGAGAAGCAGAAUCCACAGGACGCUUUGGCCAAAGAGAACGAGAUUCGGCGCAGGUUCCCACGGACACACUUCUUGAGCUAUCCAAGUGGGCAAGUGUAUGGAGAUGACGACUGGAAACUCUUCAUCUUGCCUGCAGGCUCGGUGAACUCAGCUUCUCAGGUAGCUUCCGAUGAUCCAGACCAAGCAGGGGAUCUCAUGGUGCACCGUGUGGGAUGAGCGCGCGGGAUGUCCUCCACACGUCUGGCAGAAAUGGCUGUGUCUUUGACCUGCUGACCAGCUUGCGGGCAGACCUCUGAAAAGAACAGGGGAUUCCAAUCGGCCCUUUUCGGCAGAUCUUAAGGACUUCAAUGUUGAUAGAUGCAUGCAAUUCUUUUUGCUUCUCGGGCACAAGUCCCGUCUUCUCGUUCUUCUCGUCCUUGUACGUGCGGCGGAAAACGGCGGCUUCCUUCCUCGCAGCCAGGC